AUGUCAAGAAAAAUAGAUCGUCGACCUGGAGGUAUUAUUGAUGAAGAUACUAGACGGCAAAGUCUAAAGCGUCGUCUCGACGGUCUUGAACGUGACAACUAUCAAGAAGUACCCGAAUUAGAACUUCUUGGAACAGUUAUUAAACCAAGAAGGACAUCAGAAGUGGGUGAUCGAGACGGGACGAUAGCCAACAAGAAACCACGCCUACGAAGUAAGAAAGAAAUUCUCCGCCAAUUGUAUAUCAAAAAAUCUUUAAAGACAUUAAUCGACGAGUCGAGAAUAGAACUGGUUUCGGAAGACGUGCCGACAUAUUUAACGGCGGCUGCUUCGCCUUCAAAAUUUCCUCCAAAGAAAUUUUGUUCGGUGUAUGAAAUAUACUGCAUGAGAAACACACUGGAAAAUCCAGGGAUGGGCUCCGAGAUCGUACUUCUGCGGUAA